AUUCACUAACCCUUCCUCUGAGUUGAUUUCCCUAAAUGAACUUUUUUUUUUUUUUAAUUUACACGGCUACCAAGGAUGACCUCAACAUAUUUUCUUGGUAAUAACAAUAGUCUUGUUUUGAAAUUCAUGCCAGUAAAUUUGUCAAUUUUCUUCACAAAUAUUCCCACAAUUUAUUUAUUUAUUUAUUUAUUUUUGCAUCUACUGAAAUCCAACGCACACACGGCAGCAGUAAUUCAAAACCACACAUUCCGUCACAUCAUUACGAGUAGCCCUUCAACUUAACUGAUUUCAAUAUACAGUACUAAUGAAUUAAUGCUACACUCUGGUUUUGUCCUUCAGAAAGUCCAUUUGUGCUGGUGACUUGGUAAAUGUGUCGUGCAGUAUAUGAACCUGCACAGGGUAAUACAUAGACAUCACCCAUUUAUUUAAUAAUUCAUUGGUGGUAUUUAUGGUUUAAAUGCCUUGAUAUGUGUUGUUCAUGAGCAUACACCUUUAUUGUAAAAAUUGAGCAUAUGUCAUUAUACAUGCAAAAACAAGCAUUUGUACGAUAGGCAUGAGCCGUGUUCAAUGCAGAUAAACAAGUUGGUAAUAGUGUGAGGUCUCACUGUCAUAAUAGCUAACAGUAAAGAGCAACUACAUUGAUAUUAAUAUAUAAAUUCCCAUUUCUGAUCCAUUUAUCACUUUUGGAAUGGGGGAGGAAACCGGAAUACCCAGAGAAAACCCACACACCCAGAUUCAUGAAAUCUAUUACAAUUUGAUAGAAACCUAUUUCAUGCCUUCUAAUUGUUACCAGACCACAGUAUUAAAUGACAAAGAGAAGGCACGUGCUGUCUUUGAGUGGGGCACUGAUGGUAUCACAGAGCGCUAAACAUGUUUUACAGAGCUGCAAAAAAAUGCUGAUAUGCAGUCACUUCAUUCUCAUAUUUUCAGUCAGAGUUUUUGCUGACACAGCACUGUGGCCAAAGUUUUAAGCACAUGCGUUUCUGGCUUACUGCCACAUUCCAAAAGACAUGCUUCUUAAGCGAUGUGAAGAUUCGAAAUUGUCCUUUGCUGCCAACGUGAAUCGUUGUUUAUAUAUGCUCGGCAAUUGGCUGGCAACCAUUCCAAGGUGUACACAUGAGGGGCCACAGCAAUCCGAGUGAAUUGGAUGAAAGAAACUUUUUCCUGAACUAACACAAAGCAUUUAUGUCUCUCAUUAUAAAAAAUGAAUAUCAUCUGUCAUCUACUUUUAAAGACGAUCCCUAAAAUUCUGUGAGAAUUAGGUGUUUCUAGUUGCAAAAGAACAUUGUCACUGCGUCAUGGCUAAUCUCCAAUGGAGAGAUGACAGAUAACUACAGAUCAGUAUCUACAGAAAACAGCAUUUCAUUCUUCUUAGGGAAAUACAAAAAACACCCUCUCUCAGGCUGCUGAUAACUGUACGAUGUGGCACAUUUUGUUCUGAAGCGCUGUGAAUGCCUAACUUGCAACACUGUAUGAAUGACGCAAAUGAAAUGCUUUUGAGGUGGAUUUAAAAUAACUGUGAUUGGCUGGCUACCAAUCCAGGUUGUGCCCCAUCUGUGGUCCAAAGUCAGCUCCAGCUGACCCACGACUCUCAUGAGGACAGUCGCAAUGCGAAAUGGAUGGAUUGAAAUUCAAGCGACCCUCCACCAUCAUCAAGUGCUUGAAUGCGGACGCUCAGAUUUUCAGCUCACUAAAUGUUUUACAUGCAUGCCUUGCUAUCAGUUGUUUUUCAGGUAACCCUUCAAUUUGCUGGACCAUGGCCGGAAAACACAGAAGGCAUUGGAAGUCCACGUGCAAGCGUUUGGUCCUGGGUGUCCUGCUGGCCGGCAGCAUUAUCUUCCUUUACUGCCUGUCCAUGACCCAAGUGCCUCUGAGCAUUCCUGAAAUUCCAGUGCCUUACUCCUGCGCCCACCGUCCAUCCCAGCUGCCCAGCAAACUAAACGGCAACAGCUCACGUGAAAGCACAGGGGAAAUGUGCACCCCCAAAGUAGACAUCAUGUUCAUGAAGACCCACAAGUCGGCGAGCAGCACCUUCCUCAACAUCCUUUUCCGCUUUGGAGAGAAACACCAAUUGAAGUUUGCGUUUCCCGACAGCAGGAAUGACUUCUUCUACCCUGCCUUUUUCCAGCGCUCCCACGUUAAAGACUACAAACCUGGAAUGUGCUUCAACAUCAUCUGUAAUCACAUGCGUUUCAAUGGCGUCGAAGUGGCCAAGCUGCUUCCCCUUGAUACCGCCUACAUCAGCAUUCUCAGAGACCCCGCAGAGCUUUUUGAGUCCUCCUUCCACUACUAUGGUCGGCUGGUGCCUUUCACCUGGAAGAUAGCGGGAGAUGACAAGCUGGCAGAGUUCCUUCGUAACCCCCACUACUACUUUGACCCGGAGGGUUUUAACGCGUUCUACCUCAGGAACUUGCUGUUCUUUGACUUUGGACAGGACAACACCCUCGAGCUGGAGGAUCCGCGUGUUGACGAGGGAAUCAAAUCCAUCACGGAGCGUUUUCAGUUCUUCAUCUUGGCGGAACAUUUUGAGGAAUCUCUCAUCCUACUCAAGGAUGCCCUCUGUUGGGAGAUUGAUGACCUCCUCUUCUUCAAGCUCAACGCCCGCAAGGAGUCAACUGUAUCCAAACUGACACCCUACCUGAGGGCCAGGGCCCGUGAAUGGAAUGCUCUUGACUGGAAACUGUACCAGCACGUGAACCACACCUUCUGGAGGAAAGUGGAUUCUUAUGGACUGCAGCGCAUGGCGGAGGAUGUGGCUGAACUCAAAAGGAGGAACGCAGAGAUGGUGGCUACCUGCAUCGAAGGGGGACGCGCCGUUGAUGCUGGCAGCAUCCAGGAGAGUGUCAUGCAGCCGUGGCAGCCAAUCGGGGAGAAAUCCAUCAUGGGAUACAAUCUGAAGAAGAACAUUGACAAGGCCCACAUAAAGUUGUGUCGGAAAAUGUUGAUGCCGGAAAUUCAGUACUUGAGUGAGUUCGGAGUCAACCUGUGGAUAACCAAGCUGUGGGGUCACAUUAGAGACAUCAUUAACUGGUGACUAAUUAUGAGCAAGUGGGGAUGAUUCUGCAAGGUCGAAUGUAGUCAGGCUGAAUAAAAGUGAUGGAGAACAAAGGGAUUUGCAGUUCUGUGACAUUUCAAUCAUCUCAUGGGUGCUUAAGUGAAAUAUUUCACAAUCUAUAAAUACCAAACUGAAUUAAAUUAUUUUCUCUGUUGAUUGAAAUAGUCGCAUAUUUAGACACAUUUUAUUUGAUUAAGCAUGAGAAUAAUGUGAUAUCUUUGCAUCUCUGAUAGCUUGUGUUUAUGAACAAACUAAUGAAAUGACACCACAAUCUUGAAUCCGUUAUUGAGAAAUUAAAAACCGGGCAGCUUCUUCAGCCAGAGACUGGUACACCCGCACUGCAAGAAGGAGAGGUGCCGCCGCUCAUUCCUGCUGACUGCUGUCAGACUAUUGAAUA